ACCACUUUACAUGAGGUGGCUUGAGUGCGAGGGAAGGACUCUAUGGCCGGGGAGGAGAAAGAAAGACAGAGGGAGAGGGAGAGGGAGAGCGGAAGAGAGCGAGAGAGAAACAGAUGGGCUGGUUUAGCUCUGUUCCCAUUUUGCUCCUUGUUCUGUUUCUUCUUCAAGUGGUCCAGACCAGUGGCACCAAUGAUUCAGCCCACAUGCAGGAAAUGGCAGGAGUAAACAAAAUGAUCACCAACAAACGGUCAGGUGGUGGACGGUCAGGUGGUGGCCGUUCAGGUGGUGGAGGGCGUGGUGGUUCAUCUGAUAAUGGUGGUGGUAGAGGCUCAGAUGGCAAUUCCAACACACCUGAUGGAAGGCUAAUCCCACUACUUGGAGGGGGCCUGGCUGGCUCAAGGAAUGGAGCUGCUGCUGGCCACCGGAAGCACAAUGCUGCAAGCAGCACCUGCAGCUCCUUCCUUCCCACUCUGCUCGCUACCACUGCACUUGAAGCUGUCUUUCUGGCUUUGUAAAUAGUUAGGCAAAGAUAAAUGAACACAAGAUGGUUAGCAUGUUGGUUGUUAUGUCAAAUCUGACUUUUUUACAAUCUUUAUGAGAUUUUGGUGCUUGGUAAAAUACUGUUUCUUUGCUUUUGUACCACAUCGAGUGUUCAGUGGAAUGCAUCCGUUUGUUCAUAUAACA